CCACCAUUAAAUUAGGUGUAACAAAAUAAAAAGAACCAAUUUUUGUUGCAAAGUAUACCUAGCUAGCUAGUUGCCCACCCUCCUUUUGACUGGAACAUCUCAUCAGAAAACAAUCCUUUUUCUGUACCCAAAUGCACCUCCUAAAGCAUUAGAUUCGGUUUCUUCAUUAUUUUCACAAACACAAACAAAACCCACCCACCAUCUCCCCCACCCCUCACCCCUCACCCCUCAUUAAACCAUGGGAGAAGACAAAGAUAACAGCAAAAACAAGAAGAAGAAGAAGCAGAAGCACAACCACCCAAACGACCAAACCACAAAACCCACCUCAGAUUUCUCCUUCAAGCCCUGCUCCGACGUCAAGGGUCUCAAAUUCGGCGGCCAGUUCGUCGUCAAAUCCUUCACCAUCCGCCGCGCCCGCCCGCUGGAGCUCCCCCGCCUCCUCUCCCUCCCCACUACCCAAGAUGACCAAAAACCCACUCAUUCAACAAAACCCCCUUUCCCUUCCACCACCGCUUUCCUCCCCACCAACUUCACCAUCCUAGCCCACCACGCCUGGCACACGCUCACCCUCGGCCUGGGGACAAAAAAGUCCAAAGUGGUAGUAUUCGUGUUCGAGACGGAGAGCAUGAAGUCGGCCGUGGAGCGGGUGUGGCCGCCGGAGAUACCGCUGGGGGAGGUGAACAAGAAGCUGAUACGGGGGCUGAGCGGGUGCGAGAUGGCGAGGUUCAAGUUCCGGAAAGGGUGCGUGACUUUCUACGUGUACGCGGUGAGGCGGGUGGGUAGCUUGGGGUUUUCGUGUGCGGAGGAUCUGAGGAGGAUCUUGGAGUGUGUGGUUGAGUUGAAGGAUUUCUUGGACCACACGGCCAUGCUUGCUAUGCCUAACCAGAGAAGCAUCAGUUUUGCGCCUCCAGCAGCCAUGGCUCACUAAUUACGGUGUAGAUCGAUCCACUUCUUCAUUUCAGUAUCGCCUGGCCGGGUCAGAUGAAUCUCAUUCAUACGCCAGUGCAGUGCUUUUAACAAAUUACUGUAAUAGUAUUUUCAGUAAGUAUUUUUUUAUUUUUUUAAAUCUCUAGCACUACACAUGCUCUCGAUCUUGCACUGUUUGUGUCUUAAUUUGACAUUUCUUCUCUUUGUUUUUCGUUUAUAUCAUGAGAUCUCCUUCGUCUUCUCCGUUAAGACACUUUCCUUUUCCUUUUCCAUUUUUCUACUGACUUGUGAAGAUAUUUUUAUUCUGGGGACUGGGAUUGUUUUAAUACUAGUAUUUUUUUUGUUUUUUUUUGUGUGGCGGGGGCGGGGGCGGCCUCGCUUGUUUUUCUGUAUCUUCUUUGUCCUUUUCAGAUGUAAUUUACUGGUAGUAUGAAUAAAGUGAAGGCUUUUGCAGUUGAGUUA